GUCCAAAUCUUAACUCGAUUAAUUUUUUUAAUUACGAACAAAAAACACAUUAGGAAGUAACAAAAUGACAUUCUCUUUUGAUGAAAGAAAACAAAAUGUCGUUUUCUUUCUACAAUGGUGUUUUGGAAUUGGGAAUAAUAACCUUUCUUUGUGUUGGGACUCAUACAAAGGCAUCCCAUCAGCAACCCUUCUGCGACCGCCACGUGCAAAGCUGAAAAGCCUUCUUCUUCUUCUUCUUCUACCUUCCUCCUUGCCCUUUGCCGUAAAUACCCCUCAUCCCCAAUUUCAUCUUCAUCCCCUGAUUUGAGAUUUUCAAUCGCUCUCACUCCCUCAUCUCCACUUGCAGUUCAAUUGAAACCGCCACUUUUCCAUCCGCCGGAAAGCAAUCCGAUUCCGAAUUCCCCCCGCCCUGACCUUAUGGCUGAUUCACUCUCCGGCGGUCAGAUCUCUCCUCCCUGAAACCGUAAAAGCUCAACCCCCCUCCUCUUCUUCCCCCCUUUUAUAUCUCAUAAGAACAAGACCCAUCUACUUUAAGCACCCAAAAAUGGCGACGCUGCAGAGAUUCAAGCAUUUCGCCACGCAGUGCGGAGCGUCGUCGACGGGGAACCCGACGCAGAGCCCCACCACCAGCCCGGUCGUCCACCUCCGCCGCCGCAAGACCCUCCGCAUGCUCCUCUCCCGCGGCAGCCCGGCCGCCGUCGACCACCAUCGCCGGGCUAUGGCGAUGUUCGAAGGGGUCCAGCAGCGGGAUCUGGCGCCGUCCGAUUCCAAGAGGGCCAGAAGGAAAUUGAAGGAUUUGUUCGUCUCUUCCCCGCCGUUGGAAGAUAAUAAUACUACCAAGAAUCGGGGAUGCGAUGAGGUCCGGCUGUUGAGCGUCGGCCCCGGUGGAAGUGACGGGGGUAUUGGGAAUAAUGGUAAUUGUAGCUUCAACCGCGGCGGAGGUGGAGGGUUCUCCGGUCGUCGGAGAGGGCUCAGACAGGGUGUGGCGACGUUUCGGUAUAGGUUACUGAGGAGAGCUUGGCGGCCUGUACUGGUCACCAUUCCUGAGUAGUUUUUUUUUUUUUUUUUUUUGUGUUUUGGUUGGAAUCUGUACGGAUAAUGAAAUGAAAAGGUUUCAUUUUUCUGAAAAUUUUGUUCCCCCAAAUUACCCUUUUAUCUGUCAGUUUACCUAGUCCCUCAUUUUCACAGGUUGAGAUUAUAUUUUAUUAACCCAAAUUUGGACGGAGAAUUCAAAUUGUUUUGAGAUUUUGAGGAUGAAAAAUAACGACGUGCAAAAUUGGAUUAAGAGCAUCCUUGACAGUUUGGUUUGAUUUAACAUGAUAUCUAACCUGAAAUGUAACAGGUAUUGUACAAAAUUGAACUUGUUGAACCGUUAGUAAGUGACUAAACUCAUUCAACAAACAUUUGUAGAUUCG